CAUUUGUCAAAUCGCCGCAAAGUCCGACUAUGAUUUUAUAAUUAUUUACUUGUUCUUUUACGGCAAAAUUAACUAUAUAACUAUGAAUUUAUCUGAGGAAAACAGUUUUUCGAACGGCCUGCUGUACGUGGGCUUCAAUCAAGAUCAAGGGUGUUUCGCUUGUGGAACUGAGAAUGGAUUUAGGGUGUUCAACAGCGAUCCUCUCAAGGAAAAAGAGAGACAAAAUUUCGCGGAAGGUGGUCUAUCGUACGUCGAAAUGUUGUUUAGAUGUAACUACAUGGCACUGGUCGGCGGAGGCAAGACACCCGUGUACCCUCCGAACAGAGUAAUCAUAUGGGAUGACUUAAAAAAGGAUUCGGCUAUCUCACUAGACUUCAACAGUCCUGUAAAAGCUGUGAAGUUGAGAAGAGAUCGGAUUGUUGUUGUUUUGGAGAAUUUAAUAAAAGUCUACACUUUCACCGCUCAGCCUCAGCUUCUUCAUGUGUUUGAGACCUGUCCAAACUCCAGAGGGUUAUGUGUGGUUUGUCCAAACAGCAACAAUGCUCUACUCGCAUAUCCAAGCAGAAAAACUGGGCAUGUCCAGCUGGUUGAGUUAACUAGUCUCGGAGGAACAAGUGCAGCCCCAGAAGGUCAUCUCAUAGCGGCUCAUGAAGCGCCGUUAAGCUGCUUGGCGCUAAACGUUGGUGGCACAAGGUUGGCCACAGCGUCCACUAAGGGCACUCUUAUCAGAGUAUUUGACACAAACACUGGUCAAAAGUUGGCAGAGCUAAGAAGAGGAGCACAUCAGGCAACAAUAUACUGCAUAAACUUCAACCACACAAGUACCAACCUCUGUGUGACGUCAGACCAUGGCACGGUACACGUUUUCAGUCUAGAAGACGAGAAGUUAAACAAGCAAUCCAGCCUGGCGACCGUCAACUUCUUACCAAAGUACUUCUCAAGCAACUGGAGUUUUUGUAAAUUCACCAUACCUAACGGCCCGCCGUGCAUUUGUGCUUUUGGUGUGGAUAAAAGUUCUAUUAUUGUUAUUUGUGCUGACGGGUCAUACUACAAAUACAAGUUUAACGACAAGGGCGAAUGUACCAGAGACGUCUACGCGCAAUUCCUGGAAACCUCAGAGGACAGAUAAGUGGUAUCCAACAUGUAUGUGGAAUUGACCUACUAUGAAGAAAUUAGUACUAUCGAAUUAGUAACAUGCUAAUUUGUUAUCAAUGCUGUAAUGGUACUGUGUUAUAAAACUCUUAUGGUAGGGUUAGAGUAGGGCUCGACAAAUAUUUCUAUUCCAAAACUAUAUAUUAUCAAAUUUUAUAUCAUAAAUUAUAAUAAUAAUGCCAGCAAAACAAAAUGCUAAGGCAGUAUACUGUCUUUUUUCGAUAUCAGACAAAUGGCCUGAUUUUUGCAUAUUAUUUUACGUUCUAACGUAAGUUUUUUUACGUCGUGUCGUACUAGUAAGUAGAUACGACAAGACCAAAAAGCGCUAUAAUGCGUACAAAAUUAGUUCUCACGUGCCAUUUUACUUUAUGGGUACUGUCAUGUCAAAAGUACGAUUCUAGUCCUAAUUUUAAAGGUGAACCGUAAUUGGACUUCGUCUGUGUUGGUGUUUGCUGGGGCGCGUGCGGUGCCUUUUUGGAGUGUUUUUUUUUUGUUAGAAGUGGGCGGUUUUUGUGUUUUGCUGGUGUUUUUUGGCGGUGGAACUGAAUGGGAAGCGCCCUAAAGGGGCGCCAAGCGUGUGUCGGCGAGCGCCGGCACAGACGAGGUCCAACUUAUAUAGUUUCCCUGACUUGUAAAUAACUACCAACUUGACAUUGGCUAAUCUUUGUACAGCCA